CAUUGUUCUCCACGCCAUCUGGGUGUGCGCACGUGUAGUCCGCUUUUUUUCCCUACCGACUUACCGACUGACGACGAGACCGACCUUCCUUAAAAAAAAAGAAUUAAAAUUAAGUAAAACUAAAUAUUGAAACGGAAACUUGAAAAAGGCCUCACCUUAAAAAAGAAUCUUAUAACAGGAUGAAAAAUAUUUUUAUUUUUACUUAGCUUUGCUUGAUAGAUAUUGUGGGUGGCAAGUUUUGAGGUCUUAACUUGAGGUUUAAGUUCUCGCUGCUGGCAGUCUGCCUCUACGGUAGCCAGCGCUGUGUCGCGUCGUCGUCGACUCCGCGUCGUUCUGCUGUAUUCUGUUGCCAUUGUGUUGUUUUCUGUUUGUUGUCAUGUACUUGAAACCUGAUAUAUCCAAUCCAAGUUCUGUAGUAUACCUGUUUGGUUCGGUUCUCGGUGUUUAUUAUUAUCGCCUCCAUCUCAAUGUGGGCACUCUCGGGCUGCGGAAUUAAGGAACCUCGAAAAAAGCUUAAGUCAACUUCAAAAGUGAGUGACUUUGCGCGUGCUCAGGUGGUGUUUUGAGAUAGUUUUUUUUUUAAUUUAUCUGGUGGCCGAAAUCUUCUCGAAUUUCAGGUUCAGAGACCCGUGCGGCCGGUAGUGUGCGACUGCGGCUGCUACUGCGACUACAACAACGACAACGAUGCGAAGUAGUGGCAGUUAAGCGUAAUGAAAUAACAUUCGGGCGGUAGUGAUUUUUAAUCGCGAAUUGAUUUUAGUUUUUUUAAUAUCAAUUUUCCACUUGAAAGGAUUUUUGUUUGCAAUUUUUGUGUUGAAUAAAAUUCUAUUGUGUUGUGAAUUUCAACCUACAGUGUUCAGAGUUUUUGAAAAAAAAUAUGAAGUUGAUAAUUACAUCACGUGCAAACAGCUUGAAUUGGACUUUAUGUUAGUCCCACCAAAGAAGUGUAAUUUGAGAUAUUUGGCGGUAUGAGCUCUAGCUACUUGUAGAUGUAGACCAACUAAGAAUAAGUAUUAGACGGUUUUUGGUUAGAAAUAAAUACAGAAAGAGAGGCAAGAAAGAAGCUAUAAAACAAAAGGCAAACAAAAAUUAUAAUGACAGACUCGUUGAAAUUGGCAGAAAUGCAACGCACUAGCAUUGAAUUCGAAAGACAACGACAUCUGGCGAAUUGGUUUAUAAAAAGCAGUCCACAUAUGGCAACGCCUACGAGUCCAAUGAAUGGCAGCGGUGCUCCACCAACUAACGGUGCUGCUAAUCCAUCAUCCUCCACCACCAAUAACACCACACAACAACAACUAACAACUUCAGGGAACGGUACAAAAAACGGAACAAUCACCACAACGAAUCCGUUGUUUUUUAUAAUGCCUAACAGCAAUGCCAACCACCAUCACCAACAAGCGGCUGCAACAGCAACUGGCGGAGUUGGGAAUGGUAGUGCGGUCGGUAAACAGAACGCGGGCGGUGUUGGCGUUGGUACAUCAUCUCAUCAUUCACAUCAUCAUCCAGGAAUGGGUGGUAAUUUAGUUGUGUCUAGUAGAUCACAGAUAUUUACCUCACAAACAAAUUUACCACUUCAAAUUUUAACUGCAUCCUCAGCCCAGGAGGGACGUAAGCCAAAGCUGCGACGUUUCAAUUCGCAUGAUACCUCGGCGAAUAUGUUUUCAGUGGCGGACUUUGAGAAUGCGAGACUGGCGCGACGGAAUGAAAUUGAAUUGAAACAGCGAAUGCAACAGCAGCGGAUGAAAAUGAAUUCCCUUAGUUCAGGCGGUGACUGCUCAACAGGUGAUAGUAAAGGAUCUAAGUACAGUAAUGAUUCCCAAACAGAUCCUUUACCAGCUGAAGUAUUUCUUGAUCGAUACUCGCUUCCGCGAGUCGUUCGGAUCUCAUAUAAAAUGAAAUUUAGUCAUGAGACUUUGCAAUCAUCAUCGUCGAAUGGUUCGUCAACAUCGACGCAGUCUUCAACUGCAUCGUCAUCGGCUUCGGUGGGACAAAGCAAUAACAAUAAUAAUAAUAACAACAACAAUAAUAAUCAUGCCAGUGGCAACAACAAAAGCAAUAGUGAUUUUUCAAAAGAGAAUGGUGAACUGUUUUUGCUAUAUCGGCUUAUACAACAGAGGCACCUUUAUCAUGGUCAUAAUGCCAAAACUGGGGCUGCGAAUCGCAAAAAAGGAGUUAUAAUACCACAAGAGUUUCCAGGCUACUUCUCGCCCAUAAAUGACAAAGGUGUUCCCACGGCAACCCUCUACACGACCCUAAUUCAACUUGUAAGAGAACGAGUCUACAAAUUCAUUUCGGUUGACAAUCUGCCAGCAUUUACUGAAUCUCAAUCAGCUGAAGGCUAUGCAGCUCGUCCGCAAUACAUCAAAACCACAGCUCGUGGAGGCCAAGUAUUCCGAUUGUUGGCAGUUUUUGAAGAUGGAAAACAACAAGAAUCAUCAGCCUCAUCGAAUAAGAUUUCUAGCGCUUCAGGUCGGGAGAAGGAAAAAGGUCGAUAUGCUCAGUUGUUGAACGAGAACCGUCAAGUUCUCUAUGUAUCCCUAUCGACCAAGGGAAAAUUCUACGAAAUCGAACCAGGUGUUCCACAAAUUCUGCAAAAAGUCAACUCUUCCGAUGGGCAAAAGAAAGUCAAUCCAGAUUGUGUGCAUAGAAUCACAGCACUUAUAGCCCCGAAUAAAGAACUCCCGAUGACAAUUCGCUACAUAUCCGGCCCGACGGGAACGACUAAUUCCAUACCGGAAAAUCUCACAAUAAGUCGAAUUACUAUGGAGAACGUUGUUAUAGCCUGUCCUAUUGAGAGUGUCGAGGCACAAAAUCCUCUUCAUUUGCGAAAGCUUCACAUAACUCCCGAAAUGAUCUUGGUCAAAUACCUGCUGGGCUUUGAAAACGAGCAGCGAAUGUUGGCCAAUCAGAAUGUUCAGAACAUCCUCAAGUUCUGUCAGUUCAAUUGUGAUCAAUUUUUGAAAAUGGUUGAAGUCGAAAUUUUACAUCGACCCGAACGUUCGGGCAGCAAGAGCCGCGUAGAUGGCCUAAAAAUCCUCAAACCCCUGAAUUUCCCGAAGCUGCUGCGGCGCGAAAAGACCUCCAUAGCUCACGAGAAAGAAGAUUCUAUCAUAUUUCUUAGCAAAAACGACUUGGCCAACAUGGAAGCCAAAGAUGAUCAGAAACAGUCAUCCUCUGGCCACAAUAGGAUCUCAGAAAAAAUGAAAGUAUUCCAGUCGACCAAAAAGAAGUGGUUCCGUCGCAAUGAGAAGCACACUUCGUUGACAAGUCUAGACCUCGAUGUUCAGGCUAAGCGGAUGAGCAUGGAACGAUACAAUGACAUGUCGAAGAUGCUGCAGGAAAGAUUUGGUGCAAAUUUGGAUACAGAAUCCAUUUCGGAAAGAUCUACAUCAGAAAUUGGCAUCCAGGAACCAGGCAAUUCAAAGAAACCACCGCUUCAGAAGAGUUUGAGUUUGCAAGAGGUUGAUUUGGUGGGGAAACCCGACCUGUUGCCCAAGAACUUCACUGAAAGUACUGACACCAUGAACGAGAAUGAACACGAGCAUGAACAUGACGACGACGGUGACGGUGAUCUGGAGAACAAGCCACCCCAAUCAUUCAUCACUCAAAAACUCUACACCGAGUUCUAUGUCAAGACCCGACAGUACAGCAAAUCAUCUUCGAGCCUCCACCAAUUGUUGCAUUUCUCAGUGCCCCAAAAAAUGAAUGUGGUCGAGAUGAAAAAGAGCCAGUCGACUAAGGAACCAAAAACCCCAACAUCAAAAAAGCUCGAAUUCAAUAUUGGCGAAGAAGUCACCGCUGGAUUCGAUGCGGCCAGCAGCCCAAAUGCAAUCCUCGAUGACCUACCCUACAGCAGUGUUCGUGAUUCACUUCUCCUGUCCAGCGAUGAGUCAUCGAACGAGCUAUGCUCUCCAAAUCCCGCCCACAUGGCUCUCAAUCUCAUCGAUCACACCAAGGAGAACAUCUAUGCGGAAAUCUGUCAUGGCGACACUGUUACCAUCACCAACGCCAAUAAUGGCUUUCGCAUAGAGACUGGGUCCUUUGCUGCGAAUGCGAACAAUCAACAAACCUCUACCAGUAUUGGAGUGCCGGUGUCGGUGUCGGACUAUGGUACCGUUGCCGGUCCUUCCGCCGUAAGUCGUGUGCAGAUAAACUGCUCCAACAGUCCGGUGCUAGGAAACAGACCCAAUAUCAAAAUCAAUGCUAAUUACAACAACCACAAUAAUAAUCGAUCAGUCUCUUCCGACGAGGAUAACAUCUACAACACCCUCAAAUGAUGACUCAAAGGUUGGAGAAUUAAGCUGGCGUCUAUAGUUUUGGCCCAUUGGGCGCCUGUUUAACAUUAAUUCUUCAUUUAAUAUGCAUUAGAAAAUAUUAACAUCAAUCAAAAACAAAAUUAUGAUAGAUUUUGGGCUGUUUUCCCCAUGAAGAUUUUUAUUUUUUACUUUUUAAUCUUUUUAGUUCUUUUCUUUUUAUUUUUAAUUAACAUUGAAGAAGUGUUUUAUUUUAUUUUAAAUUAAGUUGUUUAUUAUUUUUAAUUUUAUUUCAAACCAACACACUCUGUAUUAUAUGAUGAUAUUAGAUAAUUAUUAUUAUAUUAUUGUUUUUAUUUUUCUUAUCUUUUUUAUAAAAUAUUUUAUAUUUAAUGUAAAUAAUCUUAGUUUUAAAUCUUAUAUAAAAACAAACAAACACCUACAACAUAAACAUUUUAUGAAUAAUAUUUUUUUAUGUUAUUGGAUAAAGAAAUUUUGUAUCCUUUUUUAAUUUCUUUUUUUUUUAAUAUAAAUACUUAUUAUUAUAAUUUUUUCCAUUAAUCUAAAGGUUUAAUUAAAAUUAAAAUGUUUAACAAUUCAAUUUUUUGUUUUAUUUUAAUUUUGUUUAUUUUAUUUAUUUAUAUUUUUUGAGACCAUUCUAACAAAACAAAUAAUUAUUUGAGAAGUAAUCGCCUCAUUAUAUAUAAAAAUAAAAACUUUGAUGUGGAGAUUUAACUUAACCAGAAGUUACUUUACGAUGGUAUUGUUAAACCAGGAUAUUUCUCAUAUUUUACGCAUCACUUAAAAACUAUUUUUGAGGAGAAAAACAAAAUACGAAAGAAUCUCAAAUAGCCAACAAAAAUGUGAAACUAAUUUUUGAAGAGUUAUUACUUAAUCUAAAGACGUUGUGUUGGUGUUUUAGUUUUCAAAAGGAAGAACUUAAUACUUUUUAAAAUUUAAUUUAUUACUUAGAGUCACAUUGAAAUGGUUUUUGAUAUUAACAAAAUAAAACGUUGCUUGGUCUUCACAUUGAUUUAAUAUAUAUGUAGUUAAUAAUAGUUAAAUAGGCAAAACGGAGAUGGACCAUAAAAUCUAACUUUCUUAAAUUCUUCUUGUUUGAUGCCAUUCUCGUAAAUGAAAUUACCUACAGAAAAAUGUAUAGGUCAAUUCUAUAGGAAAUUCAAUUUCCUUUAAAAAAAUGUCAAUUUUACCAAACCACUGAAAUUCAUAUUUUUAGAAUAGCAUUGAAUUGGAAUAAAUUAUCGAAUUAAAAUAUAGAACAAAUAUUAAGGUUAUGAGAAUAAAAUAAUCCUUAAUGAUAAAAAAAUCACACUUGCACCAUCCUAUAUACAUAUUAUCUGUGCAUCACUCUCUAUCCAACAAGGUUCAAAAUAGCAACGCAGGCAGUUAAAAAUUGUUUCAAACAUACUUUUAGAUGUUUCUCUACCACAGCCACGGUUGUUUCUGAGGGUUAAAAUCUACAGGUGCAAAACUAAGAGUGUGUGCAUUACAUGAGUAAUACAUACAUAGUUUUGAUAAAUGUGGGUGAGGCAACCACGGUUGUAAGUGGAAGUAAAAAAAAAAGCUACACAAUUACACAUUUUCAUGGUGAUGGACAGUAAAUACUUACUACUAAACAUGAUCGCCUAGUACCUCAAACGAAUUCAUCAACACAACUAUUCAUGCAUUCUGCAUAAUUUUAAGAGGUGUUGAUGAUCACGAAUUGGAAGUGAGAAAAACAGAAAACAGCAAUUACACCCUUCUACGGCGAUGGGAAGAGAUAACUUACUCCUAAACAUGUUCGCCUGGUACCUCAAAAGAAUUCGACUUCGCCAGUGCAACAAAAUUUAAUAAACGCUCUUUGUUUCUUUUUCCUUUCUCCUCAAAGCAAUCGAGACUGAGAAUAGAGUGUUGUACUAAGCAUGAUCACACCUAUGCCGUCGCAAUAAAUCAGGCUUAAUUUUCAAAAAAAAACUCGCACCUUAGCAUCAGUCUCUAAACACGCUUCAUAAAGCAGACUAGCAGACAAGCACUAAUUUUUGGCACUUUUUGGAUAUUUUUGUGCUCAGGUUAAAGUACUGUAAACUGUUUGAAAAUUCGGCUCACAAAGGACAUACACAUUACAAGUCAGAAACUGGAAAAAACAGACUAAAUAAACUUAAGAUGUUCUUAUGAAAACAAUGAAGAUUUUUUUGGUCUUACUGUCUUAAGACCAUAUUUUUAGCAGUUGUUCAUUAAUUCAAUUUGCUUUACCUACUAAAAAGUUCUCAUCAUCAUAUAAUUUUACAAAGAAUUGAAUUUUAAUAAAUUAUGGAAUUAAAUAAUAGAAAAUACUAAUACUAAGUUUAAAUUCUUAAACAUAAUGAAAGCACACGCUCACUAGCGAUUAAAUGUCUAUUUACUGCCCAUUAAAUAACUUUCUUACUCUACUCUCUUUAAAAACGCAUUAAGAAAUUAUAAGCUAGUCAAAAAUAUGAGAAUUCUAGAAAUGAUUAUCCUAAAUUUACUAAUUUCGCAAAAACUUCUACCUAUGUGUAUCUAGCCUCUUAAACAAAUCUCUAAAAGUUAAACCUUUAAUUAGUUAAUACUUAAUAUUCAACAGAAGCGAAUGAGAACUAUUUUAAAACAUACUUGUAGGUGUUUCUCUACGGUAGCCACGUGUCUAUUCUGGCGGGUAAAGUCCACAGAUACAAAACAAAAAGUGUGUAUGUAUGUAUACAUGAGUUAUACAUACGUAGUUUUGAUGGUGGACAAUGAUAACUUGCUUCUAAACAUGUUCGCCUGGUACCUCAAAGAAAUUGAUUAUUUUUCGUCUCCCGAAACGAUCAAGACAAUGACAAAAACGAGGUAAAAACAGAUCAGAGUUGUGCGUUGUAGUCGCAUGGACUGAACCCUAUCAUCAGACUUAAUUUUCGAAAAUCUUCAAUCAGUACCACUUCAUAAGACGAGUAUUAGAAGGAUUUUUCUAAAACUACUAGUUACGUAAAAACUUCAAGUUAUGUAGUCUCUUAAAAAACAAACUAAAUGUUAAACCUUCAAUUAGUUAGUAUAGAUUAGAAGUGAAUCAGAAUUAUUUUCAAACAUACUUUUAGGUGUUUCUCUACGCUAGCCACGUAACGCUUUUGGCGGGUAAAAAGUGUGUAUGUAUACAUGAGUUAUACAUACGUAGUUUGGAGAAGAGUGGGUGUGGUGAGCACAGAGCACAGAUGGAAGAUGGUGGGCAAUGAAUACUUACUUCUAAACAUGUUCGCCUGAUACCUCAAAGAAAUUGAUUAUUUUUCUCGUCUCCCGAAACGAUCGAGACAGAGAAAAAAGUGCGGCAAAAACAGAUCAGAACAGGGACUGAACCCUAUCAUCAAGCUUAAUUUUCGAAAUUUUCAAUCUGUACCACUUCAUAAGGCGAGUAUUCGAAGGAUUUUUCAAAAACUACUAGGUUCAUAAAAACUUCGACUUCUAACUAUCCUAGUCUCCUAAAAUAAACAAAUUCUAAAAGUUAAACCUCCAAUUAGUUAGUAUGCAACAGAAGCGAAUGAGAAUUAUUUUCAAGCAUACUUUUAGGUGUGUCUCUACACUAGCCACGUAACGCUUUUGGCGGGUAAAAAGUGUGUAUGUAUAACAUGAGUAUACGUAGUUUUGUGAAGAGUGGGAGUGGCGAGCAUAGAUGGAUGACAGUGAAUACUUACUUUUAAUCAUGUUCGCCUGGUACCUCAAAAGAAUUUGAUUUCGUCAACGCAACAAAAUUUGCUUUUUUGUAUUUUUUGUUUCUUUUUCCUCUCUAAUCAAACGAUAAUUGCGACAGAGAAAAGAGUGAGGGAAAAGCACCAGAGCCGUCGUCGUCACUGGAACUUAACCCAGACGAAGUUAUUAUGUUGGUAAAAAUGUAAUAUGCAUGAUUCAUACUCUUUGCCUUUAAUAAAUAUUAUUUCAUGAAGGAAGCAUACCAUACCAAUUACAAAAACUAACUUUUGGCAUUUUUGUGACAUUUUUCCUACUAUGAUUAAAAUGUUAUUAAUUAAUUACCAUGAAAAUUUGACUCUAAGUUUAUAAGGAGAUGCAUCACUAUUUUCGAAUCUUUUUUAUCUAGACAACAUGAUAAAGCUCUUUUAGCUAACUUUGAUUUUUAUUGAGGCGUGUUAUUUUUUAAAAAUAUAAAAAAAUCAAAAUACUCUUAAAAACAAAAACACCAACAUAUACUGUCAAAUAAGUCUUAAAAAACUUAAGCAAUACAAAUCACAAACCUUUGAAAUAUUUGUGGACUCACCCUUGAAAACAAAAUAGUAUUGUAUAUUUUUAACUUUUAAAAAUAAAACGAAAACCAAAUAAAAAAACUACAAGAAAUAUUAAUGGCAGCUACUUUUUUUUCCUGUACAAUUGUUAAUAAUAAUUGUACAUGAACAAUAUUGAAUAAUAUUUUAAAAAAUUUGGUUUAUUACAUUUUUAAAAGAACAAAAAUAUAAUACAAUAAAACAAAAUGAAAUUUAUAUUUAAAAUUAUACUUACAUAAAUAUCCCUUAAAAUUAACAGAACAACAUAAAACCUUGGUUUCUCGAUAGUAACAAAAUAAAAUUAAAAAAAAAGAACACUACGAAGCAAAAUAAAAUCUAAAAAAUUAUAAAACAUUAAUUAAAAAUCGAAUUAACUCGGGCUGAAACAUAUAGCACAAAAUAAAGUCUCAAAUUUCGAGACAGAAAGACAAAUAUAUACUAUCUUAAUCUAAUAAUGUUAUAUUUUUAGCAAUACAAAAACAAAAUAGUGUAGAUAAAAAAUAAAACAGAAAUUAUGAUAUAAAUGUUUUAGGGCUUGGAAAUUGAAAACAAAAACAGCAACAAAACAAAGUUACAAAAUAACACAAGAUUAUAAAAAAAAAAAAUUUAAAAAAAUUACAAAGUAUCUUAAAACCACAAUUUUGAAUUAAAAAGAAAACAAAAAGAAAAAGAAAACAAAACAAAAUUCUCAAAAGCAAUUAUAUUUAUGCAUAAGCGCAUACCAAAUCGCUUUAAAUGUUUAACAGAAAAUAAAAUAAAGAAGUUAUUAAUAAAAACCACAAUUAAAGUAGUAAUUCUCGAAAAAUAAACAAAACAAAACUUUAAGGCACAGUCUUAUUUAAUUAAAUUUAUUUUUUGUCUCAAUUCAAUAAUAUUUUAAUAAUUUCUUGUACGACAAACUCAAGAUAUAAGUUAAAAAUUAAAAUUUAAAUUAAAAAUAAAAUUAAAUUAAACAUUUAUUUAAGUAUUUAGGUAGUGGAUAGUAAAACUUACCACCUCUUCUCAUAAAUGUGAUAAACAAAACAAAAAACAAAACGAUAAAAAUAAUUUUUGACUUAUUCACAUUAGUACUAUAUAUUAUAUUAAAACAAAUUAAAAAAUAACAAAUAUAAAUAAUAUAUAUAUGUGUGUUUUACAUAAAAUAAACAAAUGAUGAUAAUAAAAACUAAAAAACAAAAAUUAAUAAACUAAAAACAAAAAUAAUUUGCGACAGCUUUGAAAGCAUGUGAUCGCUUCUUGUCCAAAGUGAUAUGUAGUUAGAGUUGAAUAGAAAAUAAAAUAUUUCAUGAUAAAAUAAAAAAA